AUGGUGUCGCAGAACCUGUACCUCUCUUACAAGAGGGACACAAAAUACUUGUUGUAUUGGAUGAUCAACGUGUCCAAUCGCCUACUCAGAUCCACUGAUGGAGGAGCUCAAUCCACCGACUCUGUCAAUACGACAGGUCAGACGACAGUGAAUGGCCUGAUUUCCAUGUCGACACUCAUUUCCCAGCACAAGGAACCUGUACCCAACGUCAUCUAUCGGCUUUUCGGUUCCAUCAUUCAGGCGAGAUCUCUCGUUAGCACUACGUUUCAGGAGCUUAUGGGGCCUGAUUCGGACGAGGAACUCAAGCGAAGUAACGAAAGUCACAGGCAUUUCAUAAACACUCUUCGCAGCGCCUUCAAGAUUCUCGGCGGCGAAGAAUGGGAAAAGACGAGCGCGACGACCAGCGACGAUACCGAGGACGUUGAACAGAUCCUGUUCGCCAAUAAAUUCCAACAAUUGAGUGUCGACAAGGGAGAGUCGAGCGAUGAAGAGGAUGAUGUCGCUCAACCGCAAUCACCAGUCGCUGCACGAAAGGUCGCGCGAAAGCCAAAGGGCAAGGGCAAGAAGGCUAGAAAGUACAAGAAGCCUAAGAAGGGUAAGAAACAAGACACGAAAGAUCCCGCGACCGAUGAAAUACCAAUCGAGAGCAUUCGCAUCAUCGAGGACAGUGGCGAAGUCGGUCUUGUCACAGACUAUCUACUCGCUGUCUAUUCGACUGUCAAAGAAUGGGCCGACCUGCGCGCUUAUACCCAGCGUCUCUGGAAAGAGGUUGCAUACGAAGGCCUCAACAGCGCUGUCGCAGGAGCUGUAAGCAACUUGACGAUCUCCAUGGUCAAACGCACCAACGCAGCUAUCUUUGUUGACUUUCCGGGCCACGACACUUACGAAACCAUCAUGAACACCAUCACUCGAGGAAACAUGGAUUCAGCACAGGGAAAGUUUAGACUUGCUCUUUUUGCGCUGGGCCCGGAUGGUGAAGAGCACAACCACAAGGAGACAGCCGUCGAUAUCAAGGAGCAGUUCCUCAUCCACGCGUAUCAGGAUCUGAGGGAUUUUGUUAUUGACUUUCAGGCCAAUCGCACUGGCAAGCCCACAAAGGCCAUGCAGGCAAAACUCGUGAAAUGGGAUCCAAACUUCAACUUGGAGCGGGCUACGAAUGAGGAGCGAGUCAACUGGCGGCGCUGCUACACCAUAAAAUGGCUCUACGAUCUUGUCAACGUGUUCUCAUCUGUCGUCGUUCAGAGAAACACGGUCAGAGGAGAGAAGCAUGUCUACGAAGACGUGGACUGGUCUGCCAACGGUCCCUGGGGUGUCCACCGACUCCUCUUCGGCCUGAAUGAAUUCGCAGGCGAUAUCACGAACAUGGCUAUGAAGAAGCCUGGCACCGAUAUCACCAAGAUGAUUUAUCCGCAUCAAGUUUUCCAGAUGCAGUGCAUCGUCGACUCAUUCACUGUUUCUCGCGGUUGGUCAUUGAGUGCUCUGCAUGGCCAUAUGCUUCAAGCGCCAGCAAAGAAAGGCCGUGCCAGACGAGACGUCGACCUCUUUCUCGAUCGACAGAACAAGCGCGUGUUUGCCGGUUACUGUCAGACUGUCGAUCUACUUAAGCAGAUUCUGGAGAAAGAUGGCAAGAUGGAGCAGCAUAAAGACUUUUUCGAGAUCAUCAAGAUCGCUCAGCUUGAUUUCGUCGACUUUCUUGGGGAGCACAAGUACACGACUGGCUUGGAUACCAUACCGCCCUCACGCUUUGCAGACCACAAUUCGAACGGCCUGCAUGAGUACUCGCCGUUCCUUUGCGGAGUAGGUCUUGAGGAAGGUCUUGAGAUCGCUUACAGACUUGGCAUGUUUCUUUGGGAGCGCAUGCCUGAGCCAACGCUGAUGAUCCAUCUCCACAAUGCUGUUGUGCAGAAGGGUUACCUCUCUCGACCUAUUGGGCUCUGCGCUACACUAGAAGAUCUCUUCAAGCAUACCUUCUUCGCACAGGGUCGCAAGCCGCAAUCGGAUUUCGCGGAUGCUCUACUUGCGUCUGUAGGACAGCCGGGAUCAAGACAAGCGCAAGCGCGGAUGCAGGCUAUUCGGUACAGAAGAAGAUGUGCCGACAACAUUCAUCAGCUUUUUGACUUGGAAAUCAACCAUAUCUUCAAGAGAAACUCUAUGCUCACCACUUGCCAUCGGGCGGGUUGGAACCUCGAGGCCAUUCCUGAUGAGGAGCUUCAAUUUGGCAGUAUGCUGUUCUUUGAACGACUCAGUCGAGCAAAGCACGUGAGCGAAGACGAGCUCGAGGACACUGUGCUUGUUCGGAAGGCGAGAGCAGUUGGAAUGACCGAUAAGGAGAUUAUUGACGCAACAAGCAAGCUCUCUUCAAUUGCGAACAAUACACUCGAGGUACCAGACGAUCUCGUGAACAAGUAUGCAGCAGAAGGCUACCAGUUACCUCCGAAAGCUGGAUCAGAAGUCCUUGACGCCCGAGAUGUUCUCGACCUGGCUAAAUUUGACAUUCUCUCCGACGUAGCAGGAAUCGCGCCAGUUUCAAGCCUUAAUUAUCUCGGCGUCACCUGCUGGCUCCUCAUUACUUUUGGGCGUAUAGAGGAACGUCUGAAGGAAGCUGGAAAUCCUGUGUAUUUUGAGGCUUACGAAGGGUCAGGGCCCUGGAAGCUGGAGAAGAGAGUUGCUUUCGCGUUGCUUGCCCUGAAGGGGGAUGAUGAGGAGUGUUUGAGGAUUGUUGCUGAUACUUUGAAUGAAGCUCGUUCUGGAUUCAUGGAUUUCAUCUACUGGGAGGAUUUGGAGACGGAGCCUCACUCGAGAGAAUCUCAUCAUGUAGAUCCUAGUGUUGAGGGUGAGUGCACUGUAAUGUAA